AUGCCUUCUUCAUUUGCCUUAUUUGUCAUAUUCUACGUUUGCCUACUUCAUUUACCUUCUACGUUUAUCUUCUUCUUCCUUUGCUUUCUUCUCCAUUUGCCUUCUUCAUUUGCCUUCUUCUUUUACGUUUGCCUUCUUUAUUUGCCUACUUGUUCAUUUGCCUUCUAUAUUUACCUUCUUCCUUUGCCGUCUUCUCCACUUGCCUUUUUCUUCUUUUGCCUUCUUCUUCUUUUGCCUUCUCCACUUGCCUUUUUCAUUUGCCUUCUUCAUUUGCCUUCUUCUUUUACGUUUGCCUUCUUUAUUUGCCUACUUGUUCAUUUGCCUUCUAUAUUUACCUUCUUCCUUUGCCGUCUUCUCCAGUUGCCUUCUUCUUCUUUUGCCUUCUUCUUCUUUUGCCUUCUUCUUCUUUUGCCUUCUUCUUCUUUUGCCUUCUCCACUUGCCUUUUUCAUUUGCCUUUUUCAUUUGCCUUCUUCAUUUGCCUUCUUCUUUUACGUUUGCCUUCUUUAUUUGCCUACUUGUUCAUUUGCCUUCUAUUUUACCUUCUUCCUUUGCCGUCUUCUUCAGUUGCCUUCUUCUCCUUUUGCCUUCUUCUUCUUUUGCCUUCUUCUUCUUUUGCCUUCUCCACUUGCCUUUUCAUUUGCCUUCUUCAUUUGCCUUCUUCUUUUUACGUUUUGCCUUCUUUAUUUGCCUACUUGUUCAUUUGCCUUCUAUAUUUACCUUCUUCCUUUGCCGUCUUCUCCAGUUGCCUUCUUCUUCUUUUGCCUUCUUCUUCUUUUGCCUUCUUCACUUGCCUUUUUCAUUUGCCUUCUUCAUUUGCCUUCUUCUUUUACGUUUGCCUUCUUUAUUUGCCUACUUGUUCAUUUGCCUUCUAUAUUUACCUUCUUCUUUUGCCUUCUUCUUCUUUUGCCUUCUUCUUCUUUUGCCUUCUCCACUUGCCUUUUUCAUUUGCCUUUUUCAUUUGCCUUCUUCAUUUGCCUUCUUCUUUUACGUUUGCCUUCUUUAGUUGCCUACUUGUUCAUUUGCCUUCUAUAUUUACCUUCUUCCUUUGCCGUCUUCUCCAGUUGCCUUCUUCUUCUUUUUGCCUUCUUCUUCUUUUUGCCUUCUUCUUCUUUUGCCUUCUCCACUUGCCUUUUUCAUUUGCCUUCUUCAUUUGCCUUCUUCUUUUACGUUUGCCUUCUUUAUUUGCCUACUUGUUCAUUUGCCUUCUAUAUUUAGCUUCUUCCUUUGCCGUCUUCUCCAGUUGCCUUUCUUCUUUUUUUUCCUUCUUCUUCUUUUGCCUUCUUCACUUGCCUUUUUUUUUUGCCUUCUUCAUUUGCCUUCUUCUUUUACGUUUGCCUUCUUUAUUUGCCUACUUGUUCAUUUGCCUUCUAUAUUUACCUUCUUCUUUUUUUUUGCCUUCUUCUUCUUUUGCCUUCUUCUUCUUUUGCCUUCUCCACUUGCCUUUUUUUGCCUUUUCAUUGCCUUUUCAUUUGCCUUCUUCAUUUGCCUUCUUCUUUUACGUUUGCCUUCUUUAUUUGCCUACUUGUUCAUUUUUGCCUUCUAUUUACCCUCUUCCUUUGCCGUCUUCUCCAGUUGCCUUCUUCUUCUUUUGCCUUCUUCUUCUUUUGCCUUCUUCUUCUUUUGCCUUCUCCACUUGCCUUUUUUCAUUUGCCUUUUCAUUUUGCCUUCUUCAUUUGCCUUCUUCUUUUUUUCUAUAUUUGCCUUCUUUAUUUGCCUACUUGUUCAUUUGCCUUCUAUAUUUACCUUCUUCCUUUGCCGUCUUCUUCUUCUUUUGCCUUCUUCUUCUUUUGCCUUCUUCUUCUUUUCUUUCAUGCCUUCUCCACUUGCCUUUUUUCAUUUGCCUUCUUCAUUUGCCUUCUUCUUUUACGUUUGCCUUCUUUAUUUGCCUACUUGUUCAUUUGCCUUCUAUAUUUACCUUCUUCCUUUGCCGUCUUCUCAGUUGCCUUCUUCUUCUUUUUGCCUUCUUCUUCUUUUGCCUUCUUCACUUGCCUUUUCAUUUGCCUUCUUCAUUUGCCUUCUUCUUUUUACGUUUGCCUUCUUUAUUUGCCUACUUGUUCAUUUGCCUUCUAUAUUUACCUUCUUCUUUUGCCUUCUUCUUCUUUUGCCUUCUUCUUCUUUUGCCUUCUCCACUUGCCUUUUCAUUUGCCUUUUCAUUUGCCUUCUUCAUUUGCCUUCUUCUUUUACGUUGCCUUCUUUAUUUGCCUACUUUUGCCUUCUUCUUCUUUUGCCUUCUUCUUCUUUUUGCCUUCUUCUUCUUUUGCCUUCUCCACUUGCCUUUUUCAUUUGCCUUCUUCAUUUGCCUUCUUCUUUUACGUUUGCCUUCUUUAGUUGCCUACUUGUUCAUUUGCCUUCUAUAUUUACCUUCUUCCUUUGCCGUCUUCUCCAGUUGCCUUCUUCUUCUUUUGCCUUCUUCUUCUUUUGCCUUCUUCUUCUUUUGCCUUCUCCACUUGCCUUUUUCAUUUGCCUUUUUCAUUUGCCUUCUUCUUUUACGUUUGCCUUCUUUAUUUGCCUACUUGUUCAUUUUGCCUUCUAUAUUUACCUUCUUCCUUUGCCGUCUUCUCCAGUUGCCUUCUUCUUCUUUUUUGCCUUCUUCUUCUUUUUGCCUUCUUCUUCUUUUUUGCCUUCUCCACUUGCCUUUUCAUUUGCCUUUUCAUUUGCCUUCUUCAUUUUGCCUUCUUCUUUUUACGUUUGCCUUCUUUAUUUGCCUACUUGUUCAUUUGCCUUCUAUUUUACCUUCUUCCUUUGCCGUCUUCUCAGUUGCCUUCUUCUUCUUUUUACCUUCUUCUUCUUUUGCCGUCUUCUCAGUUGCCUUCUUCUUUUGCCUUCUCCACUUGCCUUUUUUUUUCAUUUGCCUUCUUCAUUUGCCUUCUUCUUUUACGUUUGCCUUCUUUGUUUGCCCUACUUGUUCAUUUUGCCUUCUAUAUUUUACCUUCUUCCUUUGCCGUCUUCUCAGUUGCCUUCUUCUUCUUUUGCCUUCUUCUUCUUUUGCCUUCUCCACUUGCCUUUUUUUCAUUUGCCUUCUUCAUUUUGCCUUCUUCUUUUUACGUUUGCCUUCUUUAUUUGCCUACUUGUUCAUUUUGCCUUCUAUAUUUACCUUCUUCCUUUGCCGUCUUCUCCAGUUGCCUUCUUCUUCAUUUUACCUUCUUCUUCUUUUUCUUCUUCUUCUUCUUUUGCCUUCUUCUUCUUUUGCCUUCUUCUUCUUUUGCCUUCUCCACUUGCCUUUUUCAUUUGCCUUUUUCAUUUGCCUUCUUCAUUUGCCUUCUUCUUUUACGUUUCCUUCUUUAUUUUUUUGCCUACUUGUUCAUUUGCCUUCUAUAUUUACCUUCUUCCUUUGCCGUCUUCUUCAGUUGCCUUCUUCUUCUUUUGCCUUCUUCUUCUUUGCCUUCUCCACUUGCCUUUUCAUUUGCCUUCUUCAUUUGCCUUCUUCUUUUACGUUUGCCUUCUUUAUUUGCCUACUUGUUCAUUUGCCUUCUAUAUUUUUCCUUCUUCCUUUGCCUUCUUCUUCUUUUGCCUUCUUCUUCUUUUGCCUUCUUCUUCUUUUUCCUUCUCCACUUGCCUUUUUUUCAUUUGCCUUCUUCAUUUGCCUUCUUCAUUUGCCUUCUUCUUUUACUUUUUUUGCCUUCUUUAUUUUGCCUACUUGUUCAUUUGCCUUCUAUAUUUACCUUCUUCCUUUGCCGUCUUCUCCAGUUGCCUUCUUCUUCUUUUGCCUUCUUCUUCUUUUUCUUCAUUUGCCUUCUUUUUUACUUGCCUUUUCAUUUGCCUUCUUCAUUUGCCUUCUUCUUUUACGUUUGCCUUCUUUAUUUGCCUACUUGUUCAUUUGCCUUCUAUAUUUACCUUCUUCUUUUUGCCUUCUUCUUCUUUUUCUUUGCCUUCUUCUUCUUUUUACCUUCUCCACUUGCCUUUUUCAUUUGCCUUUUUUCAUUUGCCUUCUUCAUUUGCCUUCUUCUUUUACGUUUGCCUUCUUUAUUUGCCUACUUGUUCAUUUGCCUUCUAUAUUUACCUUCUUCCUUUGCCGUCUUCUCCAGUUGCCUUCUUCUUCUUUUGCCUUCUUCUUCUUUUGCCGUCUUCUCCAGUUGCCUUCUUCUUCUUUUGCCUUCUCCACUUGCCUUUUUCAUUUGCCUUCUUCAUUUGCCUUCUUCUUUUACGUUUGCCUUCUUUAUUUGCCUACUUGUUCAUUUGCCUUCUAUAUUUACCUUCUUUCUUUUGCCGUCUUCUCCAGUUGCCUUCUUCUUCUUUUGUCUUCUUCUUCUUUUGCCUUCUCCACUUGCCUUUUUUUGCCUUUUUGCCUUCUUCAUUUGCCUUCUUCUUUUUACGUUUGCCUUCUUUAUUUGCCUACUUGUUCAUUUGCCUUCUAUAUUUACCUUCUUCCUUUGCCGUCUUCUCCAGUUGCCUUCUUCUUCUUUUUUGCCUUCUUCUUCAUUUGCCUUCUCCAAUUGCCUUUUUUUGCAUUUGCCUUUUUUCAUUUGCCUUCUUCAUUUGCCUUCUUCUUUUACGUUUGCCUUCUUUAUUUGCCUACUUGUUCAUUUGCCUUCUAUUUUACCUUCUUCCUUUUCCUUUGCCGUCUUCUCCAGUUGCCUUCUUCUUUUUUUUUGCCUUCUUCUUCUUUUUGCCGUCUUCUCAGUUGCCUUCUUCUUCUUUUUUGCUUCUUCUCCACUUUUUCAUUUGCCUUCUUCAUUUGCCUUCUUCUUUUACGUUUGCCUUCUUUAUUUGCCUACUUGUUCAUUUGCCUUCUAUAUUUACCUUCUUCCUUUGCCGUCUUCUCCAGUUGCCUUCUUCUUCUUUUUGCCUUCUUCUUCUUUUGCCUUCUCCACUUGCCUUUUUUCAUUUGCCUUCUUCAUUUGCCUUCUUCUUUUACGUUUGCCUUCUUUAUUUGCCUACUUGUUUAUUUGCCUUCUAUAUUUACCUUCUUCCUUUGCCGUCUUCUCCAGUUGCCUUCUUCUUCUUUUGCCUUCUUCUUCUUUUGCCUUCUUCUUCUUUUGCCUUCUUCUUCUUUUGCCUUCUCCACUUGCCUUUUUCAUUUGCCUUCUUCAUUUGCCUUCUUCUUUUACGUUUGCCUUCUUUAUUUGCCUACUUGUUCAUUUGCCUUCUAUAUUUUCCUUCUUCCUUUGCCUUCUUCUUCUUUUGCCUUCUUCUUCUUUUGCCUUCUUCUUCUUUUGCCUUCUUCUUCUUUUGCCUUCUCCACUUGCCUUUUUCAUUUGCCUUCUUCAUUUGCCUUCUUCAUUUGCCUUCUUCUUUUACGUUUGCCUUCUUUAUUUGCCUACUUGUUCAUUUGCCUUCUAUAUUUACCUUCUUCCUUUGCCGUCUUCUCCAGUUGCCUUCUUCUUCUUUUGCCUUCUUCUUCUUUUGCCUUCUUCUUCUUUUGCCUUCUCCACUUGCCUUUUUCAUUUGCCUUCUUCAUUUGCCUUCUUCUUUUACUUGCCUUCUUCUUCUUUUGCCUUCUUCUUCUUUUGCCUUCUCCACUUGCCUUUUUCAUUUGCCUUCUUCAUUUGCCUUCUUCUUUUACGUUUGCCUUCUUUAUUUGCCUACUUGUUCAUUUGCCUUCUAUAUUUACCUUCUUCUUUUGCCUUCUUCUUUUUUUGCCUUCUUCUUCUUUUGCCUUCUUCUUCUUUUGCCUUCUUCAUUUGCCUACUUCUUCAUUUGCCUUCUUCUUUUGCCUUCUUCUUCUUUUGCCUUCUUCUUCUUUUGCCUUUUUCAUUUGCCUUCUUCUCCAUUUGCCUUCUUCAUCUUCUUUUAGCUUUGCCUUCUUCAUUUGCCUACUUCUUCAUUUGCCUUCUUCUUUUGCCUUCUUCUUCAUUUGCCUUCUUCUCAUUUUUUUCUUCCCCGUUCGCCUUCUUCUUAAUUUAUCUUCUUUUCUGUUUCCCUUCUUUUUCAUUUGCCUUCUUUUUCUUCAUUUACCUUCUCUUCUUUGUCUUCUUCACCGUUUAGCUUUUUCUACGUUUACGUUUUUCUUCCUUUUCAUCAUUUGUCUUCUUCAUUUGUUUUCUUCUUUGUUUGCCUUCUUCAUCCCCCUUCUUCUCCCUUUGCUUUCUUCCUCGUUUCCCUUCUUCUUGAUUUACCUUCCACUCCCUUCUUUUCUUCUCUGUUUUUCUUCGGCGUUUGCCUUCUUCGGCUUUUGCCUUCUCCGUUUGCCCUGCGAUUCCACUUUUUUUUUUUUUUCAUUAUUCAUUCGAUUUCCGCCCCCCUCUCUCUCUCUCUCUUUCGUCAACUGCUACGUCGACUCGACUGUCUCUCGACUCCCACUCGACUCUCUCGACUCUGACUGUUUUCGCACAAACAUGCGCUUAAAUAAACGCGCUGGUAGCGACAGAAACUUACAUUACAACUUGAUUAUUGACCUCUCUCCGUUAUGA